CAGAGUCGGAGAUGGCGCACAGUCCUUGAAGGCACCAUUGGGUGUUGAACACGUCCAGCUCGCCAGGCUCCUCCACGCACACACACAACGUAAUGUCGACCAAGAGCUUCCGAGUGAGCGACGGGGACUGGAUAUGUCCUGAUAAAAAGUGUGGAAAUGUCAACUUUGCAAGAAGAACAAGUUGUAAUAGAUGUGGAAGAGACAAAACCACAGAGGCCAAGAUGAUGAAAGCAGGAGGAACGGAGAUCGGGAAGACUCUGGCCGAGAAGAGUCGAGGUCUUUUCAGCGCAAAUGAUUGGCAGUGCAAAACGUGUGGUAACGUGAACUGGGCACGGAGGUCAGAGUGCAACAUGUGUAACACUCCAAAAUACGCCAAGCUUGAAGAGAGAACAGGCUAUGGUGGAGGUUUUAAUGAAAGGGAAAAUGUGGAGUACAUUGAGCGAGAGGAGUCUGAUGGCGAAUACGAUGAGUUUGGGAGGAAAAAGAAGAAGUAUCGUGGGAAGAACGAGGGCAAGUCUUCCUCAAAAGGAAGUGAAAAGAAAGUAGAGGUCAAGAAAGUGGAGGUGGUGGAAGAAGAGGAUGACGACGACGAAGACGGCGACCUGUCCAAGUACAAACUGGAUGAUGAAGACGAAGAUGACGGCGAUGGCGACCUGUCCAAGUAUGACCUAGACGCCAGCGAUGAGGAGAAGGAGAAGGAGAAGGAGAAGGAGCAGGCCAAGAAAGAUGGCAGCCACUCGGCGAGCUCCCGCUCGUCCUCGCGCUCAUCCAGCUCCAGUUCUCGGUCGAGGUCCAGGUCCCGCUCGAGAAGCUCCUCUAGUUCCCGAUCUGGAUCUCGUUCGAGGUCCCGCUCCAGAUCCAGCUCCAGGUCUGGAAAGGGCUCCUCGCCCCGGAAGAAGCCCGUCUCUCCUCCCUCCUCACCUGAGGUGGGACAGAAGCGCAGUCGCUCCCGCUCGUCAUCUGCAGGAAGAAAACGGAAGCGUUCGAGAUCCCGUUCGUCCGAAAGGCGCAGCAACCGCUCCUCCGGCUCCUCCCACUCCGGCUCCAGUAGUAAAAAGAAAUAACUUACUGUAAGACGACGAGAGGAACCUCAGUCCAAGUGCAUGUCAACAUGUGAAGAUCCUGCAUAAAGUACGCCGUUCAUUUUUUAAUUUAGUUUCAUUUUUAGAAGCUUGGCUCUCAAUUGUGUCCGACUAAAGUUACCAAUAUUCACACAGCCGUAAAAUGCAAAUACUGGCUGUGUUCCUGUUGAGGAGCAUUCAUAACUUCUUAAAGGUUUAGCAACAGUGCCUGAUGAUAAAUUAAUUAACUCUUUUUAAGGUAAGUAUUACAAACUUUUUGUUCUCACUCAAUGGCACAAAUCUCACCCUAAUUUGGCUUGGAUGUUUAUCGUUUGUCAAACGCUGGUCAUAAACUGGAGGACGCCACAACUAUUAGUGUUACAAGACUUUGACAGUAGAUUGUGCCGAGUCAGGCUUUCUACCAGGAAACGUGUGUGUAAAUAAAAGUCUUGUCAACAUUA